AGCAUCUUAUACCAAAUCCCAGCCAAGCAACAACAUAAUACAAGUAUUAUUACUACAACCAAAACUCAUCCAUAAAGGUAUCUCUUAAUAUUCACAUUUUAAAACCCUUCUCAUAAACUCCAAUCUAUUAUUACAACCAUUUUUUAUUUAUUUGAAUUCAUCACAAUUGAUGUCUUGCUUUUCUUUACCAAAAAAGCUCAAACACCUCCCUUCUUCUUCCAAGAAGGCUUGGAAUUCCUUCACUUUAUCUCUCUCUCCUAAACUUCACCGCCUUCGCCGCCGCACCCUCGACAUCCUCGACCGUCAGCAUAACCGCCGUCGGUUUAUGAAGCGGCCGUCACCUCAUCAGGCCGGCCAGUUUAAUUACUACAAGCAAUAUCAAUAUUAUAAUUAUCAGCACAUUCAACCCUACUCUAAUUCUGUGCCCAGUAGUCCUGCAACUGUUUAUGUUGAUAGACUUUUCGAGGAAUCUUCUUCCAAGUUAAAGGAAAAUAAUGUUGGAGUAACAAUGGAAGCUUCCACAUUGAAGUUAAAGGAAAGUAACGUUACAAUGGAAGCUUCCACUAGUGGCGGCGCAGGAAGUAGUGGUUGUUGUGAUAGCGGUGGCGGCGGUGGAAAAAAGAGAAAGAACGUAGUAAAUAAAUGGAGAGAGUAUAUAUCAUCGAUGCCAGCUAUAAAAGGAGUUGAUGAAAGAGCGGAGGAAUUUAUUUCAAAGUUUAGACAGCAAAUGAGCCUUCAAAGAGAGCAGUCUAUUAUUGAUUUUCAUGAGAUGUUAGCUCGUAGUGUCUAACUUAAUUCAUUACUUUUCUUGUCACAAUAUGUGUGUUGAUUAAUGAAUUCCUUCAUUUUGUUUUAUAUUCUUUGUUUUCAAGAAAUAUUUUUUAUACAUGGCUUGAUAGGUGGUGAAUGAUGUGAUGGCAAAUUAUUCUAUCGAUUACAACAAUUUUUUUGAUAGACUUUAUAAAUAUAUGUACAAGGAAGUGAGUAACGACAUUAGGUGGUGAAAAUUAAAUUGGAGUGAUAGAUUAAUUUGUAAUUUUUUUACUUUUUAUUUUAAUUUUUACAUUAAAUUGGAUAUUAUGAUCUAGUUGUCUUGUUAAUGCAAGGUUAAAAGUUUGUAUUGAUAAAGAUUGUAUUGCUCCUUCAUGCAAGCUAAGUAUAAAGUUUGUUAUCCGUAAUAGUUAUUUACUCAAAAGUUUUGAUAUGAACUAUAAGAAAUUUAUAGGAAGGAAACAUAAGAUAUACUUGACUCGGAGUGAAAAUGGUAUUUAUAAUAAAAUCCCAGUGAAGAUAAGAAAAUCGAAUGUCUGAGAUAUGUUGUAUUGAGAUUGGGAUAAUUAGGAAUUUUUGACAUCCCAUGGUUUGUUGGUGAGAAACUAGGUAGAGCACUAACGUAAAGAAAUGCAAGAUUCUUACUCAUUGCUAUUACUGACCGAUAUUCAGAGAAAAUUUCAGUAGCAUUUGUCAACUCAAACCCAAGAUCCUUAAGUAAUUUUCUUAGUGUUGGGAUGAGUUAUCUCACAUCGAUAAAUUGAAAAUGGUGUGCACGCUUUAUAAGCUAUUAGAGACCUUCUUCCCAUUGCCAUAUGGUUUUGGAAUGGUAUAUAUCUCCUUGGCUUAUGAAGUGUGUGCACUUGUGUCCCCCGUUAAUA